UGUAAUGAAACAACUAUUCCUUCCUAUAAUUCCAAUCUCUCCCUGCUUUCAUUCCAACCUACUCUGUUCUAUCUUCUUCUUCCUCAAUUCUUACUCUGCUCUAUCUCUUUCUCCCAAAAUCCUCCCCAAAUUCCUCACCGUUUGCGGUGCGAUUCCUGUCAACACCACUGGCUUGAUCAUCAUGGCAAGAGCAACAGCAUUGCUCUGCUCCUCACUGCUGUUGCUGUCCUGUUUCUACGCCCAGGUUUCUCCAGGGAGCAGCAGCAGCAGCAGAAGUACUGCCAUGGCGGAUGAGCCUGCGCUCCUCUCGUUCAAGUCCAUGCUGCUGUCUGAUGGCUUCCUGGCAUCAUGGAACGCUUCAAGCCACUACUGCAGCUGGCCGGGAGUUGUGUGCGGCGGCCGGCAUCCCGAGAGGGUUGUGGCGUUGCAAAUGAGCUCGUUCAACCUGUCUGGAAGGAUCUCUCCGUCAUUGGGCAACCUGUCCUUGCUCAGGGAGCUGGAACUUGGUGACAACCAGUUCACCGGGGACAUACCUCCAGAGAUCGGGCAACUCACCAGGCUUAGGAUGCUGAACCUAAGCUCGAACUAUCUCCAAGGAAGCAUCCCGGCUUCCAUUGGAGAAUGUGCCGAGCUCAUGUCGAUUGACCUAGGCAACAACCAGCUCCAAGGUGAGAUCCCAGCCGAGCUAGGUGCGUUGAAGAAUCUUGUCAGGUUGGGCCUUCAUGAAAAUGCUUUGUCAGGAGAGAUCCCUCGGUCUCUGGCAGAUUUGCAAUCGUUGGGCGCCCUAUCUUUGUUCAAGAACAGGCUGCACGGUGAGAUACCGCCUGGUUUGGGCAAUCUCACCAACCUCUAUCAUCUUCUUCUUGCACACAACAUGCUAUCAGGAGCCAUCCCAUCAUCCCUUGGCAUGCUCUCUGGAUUGUCAUGGCUUGAGCUAGGCUUCAACAAUCUAACCGGGCUGAUCCCCUCUUCCAUCUGGAAUGUUUCCUCUCUGACAGAGCUUAAUCUCCAGCAAAACAUGUUGCAUGGGACGAUGCCUCCUGAUGUGUUCAACUCUCUUCCUCAUCUGCAGCACUUGUACAUUAACGACAACCAGUUUCAUGGCAACAUCCCUGUAUCAAUAGGUAACGUGUCCGCUUUGUCGCGGAUACAGAUUGGUUUCAACUCUUUCGGUGGAAUCAUUCCUCCGGAGGUUGGAAGGUUAAGAAACCUCACUUCGCUAGAAGCUGAGCACACAUUCCUUGAAGCUAAAGAUCAGAAAGGAUGGGGAUUCAUAUCUGCGUUAACGAAUUGCUCCAAGUUGCAAGCUUUGUUCCUGGGCAACAAUAGGUUUGAAGGGGUACUUCCUGUUUCAAUCUCAAACCUUUCAGUUUAUCUUGAAUACCUCUAUCUUGAUUUUAAUGCAAUAUCUGGAAGCUUGCCUGAAGAGAUUGGUAACCUCGUUAGGUUAGAAGCUCUUCUACUCCAUAACAACUCUUUCACGGGAAUUCUUCCGUCAUCGUUGGGCAGGCUUAAAAAUCUGCAAGUUUUAUAUAUAGACAAUAAUAAAAUAAGUGGAUCAAUCCCAUUAGCCAUAGGGAAUCUUACAGAACUAAAUUAUUUCCGCCUUGAUGUGAAUGCCUUCACUGGUAGGAUACCAAGUGCACUUGGAAACCUGACAAACCUAGUGGAACUAGGUCUUUCAAGCAAUAAUUUCACAGGUUCUAUUCCUGUUGAAAUAUUUAAGAUUCACACGUUGUCGUUAACUUUGGAUAUAUCCAAUAACAACUUGGAAGGAUCAAUACCACAAGAAAUCGGGGGCUUGAAAAAUCUUGUUCAAUUCUAUGCAGAUUCCAACAAGUUAUCAGGUGAAAUCCCUAGCACCCUUGGUGAAUGCCAACUUCUCCAGAAUAUAUCUCUCCAAAAUAAUUUCUUGAGCGGUAGCGUUCCAUCACUCCUGAGUCAAUUGAAAGGUCUACAAAUUCUUGAUCUUUCCAAUAACAACUUGUCAGGUCAAAUACCCACAUUCCUGUCAAACCUUACCAUGCUCAGUUAUCUCAACCUUUCAUUCAAUGACUUUAGUGGUGAAGUACCAACUUUUGGUGUCUUUUCGAAUCCUUCCGCAAUUUCCAUCCAUGGAAAUGGCAAACUUUGUGGUGGCAUACCAGAUCUACAUUUGCCUAGAUGCUCUUCACAGUCACCACACAGAAGGCAAAAACUUCUGGUAAUUCCUAUUGUUGUUUCUCUUGCUGUAACAUUACUACUCCUCUUAUUGCUCUACAAGCUUCUCUAUUGGCGUAAGAAUAUAAAAACAAACAUCCCAUCUACCACAUCCAUGGAAGGCCAUCCCUUGAUCUCUCACUCCCAGCUGGUAAGAGCAACAGAUAAUUUCUCAGCAACCAAUUUGUUGGGAUCAGGAUCAUUUGGGUCUGUGUACAAAGGAGAAAUAAAUAAUCAAGCUGGUGAAAGUAAAGAUAUAGCUGUGAAAGUGCUAAAACUCCAAACCCCUGGCGCACUCAAAAGUUUCAUAGCCGAAUGCGAAGCACUGCGAAACCUAUGGCAUCGGAACCUUGUCAAAAUAAUUACAGCUUGCUCAAGCAUUGAUAACAGUGGCAAUGACUUCAAAGCAAUUGUGUUCGAGUUCAUGCCUAAUGGCAGUUUAGAUGGUUGGCUACAUCCUGACAAUAAUGAUCAUACAGAGCAAAGGUACUUGAAUAUCCUGGAAAGAGUGAGCAUACUCCUUGAUGUGGCUUAUGCAUUGGAUUAUCUUCAUUGCCAUGGCCCUGCCCCUGUGAUACAUUGUGAUAUUAAGUCAAGUAAUGUUCUCUUGGAUUCUGACAUGGUGGCUCGUGUUGGAGACUUUGGACUUGCAAGGAUUCUUGAUGAGCAAAACUCAGUUUUCCAACCCUCGACGAACUCAAUACUAUUUAGAGGGACGAUUGGCUAUGCUGCCCCAGGAUCUAUUUUCUCUGUCUCGGUCGGUCUUGGCUUGAUCGCAUCAGGUCCGACGAAAAGCACCGCAUCUCGCCCGACGCACGUUGCUUAUCGCUACUCCUCCCGGCACGCCGUGGCUCGGUGCGGUGAAACCCUCAGGCGUCCCCUCCUCCCACCUCUCACCUGUCUAUCCGUUCCUCCUCCUCUCCUGUAUUCCACGUCGGCAUCCUGGUUCGCCAUCGUGGCCUUCUGUCCGCUGCGAGUGGCCUUCCGCGCGCGUCCGAUUUCGCCGGAGCCCCUGCGCAAGACCUAAGAUUCUUGGCAGCGCCCACUUUGGAGGAUUCAAUCCAUUCCGCCGGCGGGUAGUGAUCUCCAUUCCGUGUUGCUCUGAUUGUGUGGGCUGCGGCCACUUGGGAGGCAGCUGCGAUACAUUCCAGCGCCGUAUCCCCGGUCCCCCUCCGUGCGUGCCCGAGUCUUGUGGCUUGCAUCGGCGAGCACCUCCUCGACCGCGAGCACGGCAUGAGAUGCAGAAUAUGCAACAGUGUCGCUCGCUGCGUGUUGCCGUGGAAGGCGUCGCCGGCGAACCUGAUAGACCGCAAUGCUCAGAGGUUUCAGCACAUCCGUGCUCGCGGCGGCGUCAGGACACUGGAUCGGACGCUGAACGAUGCAUGCGGCAUGCCCGAUCUGCUAGCUCAGGAUGGUGGCCGGCGACUGUCCGCACGCUCUCCUGCGGGCAUGACUUCCACGAGGAUUGCAACAUCGCGAAGUGGCUCCGUGACAACAAGAAGGCCUGCCCAGUUCAUUCUGCUUGUAAUAUUCAGUUGUAUGGUGUGUCGAAUACUUCAUUGACUAAUUGACGAGCUUUGAGAUACUGAUGUUUAUUGGAUCUUGUGACUGUCCCAAUAUAUUCAUUGUUCAGUAAUGGUUUAAGUAAAAAAGAAAAGGUGAAUAGUGAUGGACUACUAGUAAUGUCAAUGUGUUGACCAUGUUAGUGUGUUGUGCAUUUUUUUUGUGUGCAACUGUGAUGGGGUGAGAUGAAUCCAAGCAAUUUGAACUGAAAUAUGUCAUCCUGCUCCUGGAUCAGUAAACAAGUUGUUUUGCUCCUGAAAGAGUGAGACUGAAAAAAUCUGAUAAACUGCUUAAAUGAGAUUUUUCACUAUCAGAGUUUUGCCCAUAUGUAAAUUGCAUUUCAGUCAGAGCUGUAAUUCAGGAUUUGUUUUAUAUUUCAUACCAUCGAAACAUCUAACUGCAUUCUGUCAUAUUCUGGCGCUCUGAAUCAUCGCUACAUGAUUCCUUUCUUGUGCUCAUAUGGGGGUAGCUAAGCCCUCAAUUGCCACUAAAUUGAUUUUUUUUCAGUCAUAGGACAAUGUCUACUAAUGGGGGCUUAGAACAUCUUGAUUCACUCUUUGCUGCAAACUCCCUGGUCUACUGUCGUGUUUAUGCAAAAGCAUUUGCAUUAGCUCCGCGGCAGCUUGUGAAGUCAUGCACAGUCCCUAUUCAUGUAGCAUCCAAACACCUCAUUCCCAAGUCCCUUAGCUGCUCGUACGGUCGCCGGCGGCGACCAAAUGCCACCGCCUCACUCGAGCUCCGCCACUGCACGUCGCCGGCUGCCAUAGCUCAUUUCUUGGCCAAUCCGAGCCGUCCACCACAUCCCCAUACUACACUCGUUCAUUCCCAGUUGCCCAUUCCUCCUACCUCGCCGCCGUUCGCCGGAACCCGUUGAAUUUCGUCCGCCGUCCAAUUGCCCGGCGAUCUCCUGUCUUGGUCAAAGCUACAUGGCAGGACUAGUCGUCCGCCGUGGGCAAGGACCUUCAGCGGCUUGGCGAAGAGGAGAAGGGCCACCCUUGGUCGCUGGAGGGGGAGGAGAUGUCGAUCGCGCUGGAGAUGAUGGAGGCGGAGAGGGAGAUGGACAAGCGACGAAGUCAACGAUGGAUGGGGUCAGCCGCUUGAGAAUGGCGAAGGUUUAGAGUUACUGAAUAAUAAUUUACGAUAAUACCCUUACAUGAAUUAUUAUCUAUGGACAAAUAUACCCCUCCACGUUUCUACUACCACUAUGAGUGGUGGUAGUAGAAUUAGAUCUCAACCCUACGAUUAUAUACGAUCAACGGCUCGGAUUAUUUUCUACUAUAAGUAGAAAGCACCGGAGUGAGGCUCAUAAUAUUAUGGGCCAUUUGCAGAUGAAAUUAGUUUUAGGGGAAGCAUUGAAUUUUUAUUUUUACCUAAUUGUAUAUCAGUACAACUUAUGGUAAAUUUAUAGCUAUACAAGUUAUAAGAAUUCUAAUAUUU